AUGAAGAGUCAGCAAGAAGCAGCCUUGCAGGAGAUGACUGCAGGCCAUCGAAAUCAGGAGGAGGAGCAAGAGAAGCUGAGCCGAAGAGUCCGAUACUUGGAGUCUGAGCUGCAGAAGCAAGAAGCGGAGCAGCAAGGCAUGGAGGACAAGAUCGAGAAUCUGGAGAAAGACCGUGCACGGACCCGCGCGGAGAGGGACGCGUUGGAGAAUGAGCUGGGGAUACUUUCAACGCGUUUGGAGGCACAACUGCAGCAUGGCGUGGAGUUGAAAAAUGAGCUGGCAAAGUUGCACGCAGAGCUUGAUGCCCAUAGGCAAGAGCAGAGGGACUUCCACGAGUCCGAAGUGAAAUGGAAGCACCGGGUUGGGGAACUGGAAAGCGCACUGGGCCAAGCUCGAGACACCAUUGCGGCGCAACAGAACCAUAUGGCCGAGAUGAAGAGUUCUGUGACAACGCUCCCAUCCUCAGAAGUGAACAGCUCUGACGUGGGUAUGCUUGAAGAAGCUCAGACCUCGAUGGACAGGUUGCGGAGCGAAUUGGAAUCAGAGCGUGCCAGCAGCGAGGAUCAGCGGCGACUGACGGCCCACCUGAAGCAGAAGAUGAUGACCUUGGAGGGGGAGCUGGCGGCCACCCGAAGGCAAUUCGAGGACGCAAGCCAGUCGGGAGAUUGGUUUGAAGAAGCAGAUUGCCCAAAAGGACACGGUGCUGUCCAAGGCGAAGCACAAGAUCCAGAGCAGCGAGUCCUUGAACAAGGACUUAGAUCAGGCGGUGGCUGA